UUAUCUUCAUCAUUGUAUUUUUAAUUGGAUCCCCACAUGAAAGAGAGGAGUGAAUUAUUUAGCAGUUUUGUGAUGGAAGAAUGAAUCAGUGUUAAAAUGAAAUGCUCUUCACCAAGAGCUGCAGGAGGGUUGAAUGUUCAGAUAGCUGCAAGUUCCAGCUGGGUAACUGAUCUCUUUUCCUCCAGAAACUCCGAAGUCACAAAGUCAUAUAGUCAAACUGUGGACAGACAGACAGAAUUUCAAAGAUUCAAAACAGAGAAAGGCAGACAAGAGAAGAAACAAUACCGAAGAUCUAAUACUUGUGCUGAUGGACAAUCCCAAGGAGAAUCUCCAAAUGGAAGCAAAACCACAGCUAAUUCUUUAAUCAAAUCUGAAAAGCGAAAGAGAAUAGUUAUACAAUUUAAAUCCAAAGAAGUUAAACAUGGAAAAAGUACAGGCACUGCUGAUGUAGUGACAACUAGCAGGAAAGAUCAUAACAAAGGUCCUUUUGAUGGUAAAGAAAGAAAAAGACACUGUCAUAGCUUUGUGGUUCAGAGAGACAAGGUGGUGAAGAAAAACAAAGUUGAACUCUGUAAGCCAGAGGUAAAAGUUGAACAAACUGUGUUGGGACAACUGAAGUCAUCUGUGUAUAAUUUAUAUGUACCUCAUAAAAAGGCAGACAGAUCUAGAAAAACGAGUGAAGAUGUCAGAAUUCAAAAAAUUCAAAAAAAGCCACCUAGCACAGUCUGUACAGAGACUGUGUGUCGUGAUAGACCUGUCAGUAAGAAGUCAAAUAUGUUAUCUAGGACUUGUGAAGAAAAGUAUAAAGAAGAAUAUAAGGAGUUUUCUAAGAAAAAUCAACAUGCUGACAAGCAUAUAUCACACUGCUCAACUGAAACACUGCAGCAAUGGGACUGUUGUAAAUGGAAAAAACAGGAUGCUGAUCGAGUUAGUUGUAAUUCAGGGACUGAAAAAGGGGACUUUGAAGCCACCGCGUUUUGUUUUAAGCAGGGCUUUCCAUCCCCUCAAAGCAGUGCAAGCUUUCCAUUGCCUCAAGGCUGUGAAUACCCGGAAGGCGACCAAGAGAUGCAGAUAGUUGAGGAUUUGCAUGUUGCUCGUAUUGAAAAGAGGAUGGCCCAGUCUGUAGUACAGACCUGUGGAGAACUGACAAGUAUGGAAAUAGAUCUUCCAGAACAGGAUUUAAAUAUUUAUGCUGAGACUUCUUCCGGUCUGAACAUACUAGUGGUGAUUGACACAAAUAUAAUGAUUAGUCACCUUGAGUUUGUCAAGUCCCUGAAAUCUGAGGAUAUACCAGGGAUUGGCAAACUUGCCUUGAUAAUUCCCUGGGUUGUUUUACAAGAGUUGGACAACUUGAAGAAGGGGAAGAUGUUAGUGCAUGUUCGACAAAAGGCUGUUCCUGCAGUCCAGUUCAUCUAUGCGUGUCUCAAAAAUCAGGAUCCAAAACUGUGGGGGCAAUCCAUGCAACUUGCUUCACAAAAAAUAUAUGGCCUGUGUGAUGAGAACAACGAUGAUCGUGUGUUACAGUGUUGUCUGCAGUACCAGAGCCUCUUUCCUCAAGCUGUUGUUAUACUGUGCACAGAUGACAAAAAUUUAUGCAAUAAAGCCAUUGUAUGUGAGGUCAAGGCACUCUGUAAAGUGGAUUUGGUUACUGCUCUGCUGAACCUGAAUGUUAACAAGCAUCUGAACUGCCUGGAACUGCAGCAGUCGAAAUGUGAUAGAGAAUUCCAGAAAACAAAAGAAAGUGAUGCUCAUCUUACUUUCCAGAAAACAGAAAGAAGUGAUACUCAUCUUACUUCUCAAUUUCCGAAUAUAAUUCCAGAUCUUGAAAAGAACUUAGGAGAAGCUUUAUCUUGUAUUUUGGAGACUGAAAUGAAAAUUGUAUUUGGAAACCUAUGGAUGGAGAUACUAUAUUUAAAGCCACCAUGGACAUUAGCAAACUUACUGCAGUGCUACAAAAAGCACUGGGUGGCUGUUUUUGGUUAUGUUGUGCCAAGGAGCUUACUUGCAACUAUUGAAUUUCUCUAUAAACACUUUUGUACAGGUAUAACACUGGACACCUCAACAGCUGUUGUCUUGCUCCAGGAAACCAAGAAAUUACUGCAUGCUUUCAGUUUGAGGUCUGAUUAUGAUGGAGUGCUGCCCCGGGCUUAUGAGAAAGUGAAUAAGCUAUACCAAACAUGUACAGAGGCGAGAUCAGGCAGUGAGCAGAAUUCAUCUGAAGACAGCACGAUUCUUUCAAAAAGUUCUCUGUGCGAAAGAAUGGAAGAAACAAUACCAAAUCUCCAAAACUGUGGAGAAAAAGGGCUGCCUGCAAGCAUGCACGUUGCUCAAGAAGACAGGCACCAGGAGAUCUGGUCAGUCCUUGAAGGUGUAUGGAAUACAAUGAAUUUGUACAGGCUUGAAAUUUUCCAGAAGUUAGAGUCCAACACAGUAGUUGCGAAGUCUUCAUUCGAAGAAGCUUUUUCGGGACUGCAGCAACUGUUAGCAGCUGUGAAUUAUAUCCUUGAAGGAAUUCAUAGAGUUCUGACUCCAAACAGUAGUUUCCAAGAUAUUUGGACACUCUAUAACUUCCUCAUAAGCUUCGAGAUAAAUAGCAGCAUUGUAUUUUCUGCCGAGGAGCUCUAUGAUUGUGUCUCACAGGAAUUGUAUCGAGGAAGAUUAGAGGUGGGCUGUUGCCAGCUGGCUGAGCUGCAUCACAGCAUCAAGCAGCAUCAUGCAUCUGCACACAUGGAAGCAAAGACCAGGGGGUGGCUGUGACAUCACAAGGUCUGAAACCACAGUGUUCACCCCUCGAUUUUGGUCCAAAUGAAGACAGGAGAGCGGUGAGAGGGAAUAUUCAGGAAGCCAAAACUGCCUUCUUUUUUUCUUCAACGGUGCUUUUUAUAAUUGAGUUGAAGGAAGAAAAAAAGAUCUUUUGACUCUUAACUAUUAGCAUUUCCUGUUUCAAAUGAAGAUCUCAGGUCUGAUAAAAGUUUUGUGAUAUUUUGUGAGUUGGAAGUUAGAACUAUUACUAAUGAUUACAUGGUUAUAUAGAAAAAUCAGUUAGUCUGGGUUUUUUUUGCUGAUUUUUUUUGGAAGUGCUGGGGAAAAUAGAAAAUACGAUAUUCAAAGCUCUUGAAAGGAGUGGAAUGAGCACAGUUAAAUGCAAAGCCUUAGAGGCACGAUGCUUGCCAUUCUUACAGCUAGGAGGGAUUUAAACACAAAUGCAAUGCGAGCCUCCUGCAUACUGCACUACCUAAGGCUGGACAGAGAAGGUAAGAAAAGAAGUGGACUGAUGUUCACUGUCAUGUAGAUGUUUGUCCUGGGCCUCUCUUUAAGUGCUUUUGUCAGAAGAUCCUGAAUACCUUUUCCAUUGAAAACUCAAAUCUGUUAAAAGCAUUGAAACCUGAACGGAAUUAUACUUAAAAAACAAACAAACAAACAAACAAAAAAAAAACCUUAAAAUGUUAUCAAAUUGAAAGUGGUGUUUUUCUUUUUAAAAUAUCCACUUAAUCUUCGUACAGUAGAAACUUGCUAGAGAAACACUUUCGGUGAAUUCCUCAUUCUUCUCAUCCUCUUUUCUUACAAAGUCAUCUCUUUCCCUCUGUGUUGUACUUGUGGUUUGCCUGCUUUCAGGUGACAACUCUAUUCAAAUCUAUUGUUUGUUGCUCUCCAAAACUGCUUUAAUUAAGUCAACAAAACUUUCUAAAAGCCAUUUCCAAAGCUGCUGUGGUCUUUAAACCUACCUCUUUUAUGUAUUUGUACAGAGACAGAUGACUGGUAAAGUUCAGCAAGUGUUUAUUUUGAUAUUAACUUUUGGAUUGUAAAAUGUUUACUAUAAAAAUUUAAUAUAUUGUUAUAA